GUACGUGUCUCAAUGGCCAGAUGAAAUAAGAAGUCGACUUUCUUUGAGCUUUCGGAAAAUUUUCGUGCCGGACACUUGGUAUUGGAUCGACCUUUACGAGAUGUGUGACACAGAGAAAUUGUUCCUGCCUUGGGCGUUGCCAGAGUUUGAUUCAGUGGUUUAUUUGGAUACUGAUCACGUCUUCAUGAGACCUCCAGAGCAUUUGACACAACUUUUCAAAAACUUCGAUGAUAAACAAGCCAUUGGCGUGGCGCCUGUUGACGGCUACUACCUGCAAUUCACUAUAGAGAUCCCAUAUUACGGAGAGCAAGGCUUGAGCGCGGCGCUGCUGUUGAGCAACUUAACGCGAUGGCGUAAUCUUCCAUUUCCCUGGAUGCUCAUGGUCAAGAGAGUGACUGAACAUUUCAAGGACAAAAUAGUAGUGGGAGACCAAGAUAUUUUCAACAUUAUUUUCAGUGAGUUUCCAGAAUACAUCUAUGAUCUCAGUUGUGACUGGGCAAGUAUAACUGAACAGUGCCUGACAACGAACUGGCGCUGCAGCUCCAUAGAGCAAACGGGCUUCUCUUUGGUGCAUGGAGCGAGGUCAAGGUUUUUUCGCCGUCAGCUCUGGUCAACCCAACCGAUUGACCGCCUAUUGAUCCCAAUGCAAGAAAUAUUCCUUGCGUGGGAAAGACACGUCAUCACUGACCCCGUAUCGGUGUUACUGCAGAAUUUGACCAAGACUCUGCACACUCGGGAGGACGAAUUGCGGCAAAUGAGAGGCAGCGAGGAAACACACCAGUUUUGCGUAUAUGGUUUUGAAAAGCUUCUGAAGCAACUAACCAACUUUGUAGAAAGCCAAAAACAAUGA